CACCUUAGAUAGCUACCUUUUACAAUGCAAUCAAUUCUCCAUGACCUUCAGUACCCAAUACCCUUUCAACCCAAUAGGAUCAUAUAUUCUAUAGCCGGAAUGGAUCAUUUGCUCAAGGUAUCAAAAGAAUGACUCAAGAACACGGUGGCGUUGAUAUUGUGUUAAACUCGCUUAGUGGAGACGCGUUGGUGAAGACCUGGGAAUGCGUAGCACCAUACGGACGGUUCUUGGAAAUCGGCAAGAAAGACAUCCUGGAAAAUGGAUCGCUGCCUAUGUUUCAAUUCGCAAAGAACGUCUCAUUUCAUGCGAUUGACCUAAAGGAUCUUGGCCAAUACAAACCUGGCUUAUCACAUGAAAUCAAACAAGGUGUCGUAUCGUUAUUGUUCGACAGAAAGAUCAGUCCCGCGUAACCGCUACAUAUCUACAGGAUUGAAGGGGUGGAGAAGGCCUUUCGAUAUCUUCAGGGUGGUAAAAUACCGGAAAAACAGUGAUUGAGAUGCGCCCAGAGGCAGAAAUAUUAGUAAGUGUUACCGUUCCCAAACUGUCGACAACCAGCUGACAAACAAAAUAGACCGUGCUCGAAAGAAAACCCGCUUGGUUCUUUGAAAGUUUCGCGACAUACUUGAUUUCUGGAGGGCUCGGGGGAAUUGGCAGAAGCAUCGCCCGCCGGAUGGCUCAACGAGGAGUCAAACAUUUAAUCCUCUUAUCUCGCUUCGGCCCUCGUACCGAAGCCGCUCAUACUCUACUCAGGGAAUUGCAGGAUCUAGGGGUAGAGGUAGAGAUCCUGGUUGCAGAUAUUGCAGAUGGACCUCUACCCAAAGGAAAACUUAGCGAGUUAUCACGGAGGAUUCCUCCAAUAAAAGGAUGUAUCCAAUCAUCCAUGGUCUUAGCGGAUUGUCCCUUUGAAUCAAUGUCCUACAGCCAAUGGCGAACAGCGAUAGAACCAAAGGUGCAAGGCACCUUCAAUCUGCACACCAUACUGCCUAAAGGAAUGGACCUCUUUCUCAUGUUAUCGUCAAUCGGCGGCGCAAUCGGUUCAACAACUCAGGCAAACUAUGCUGCAGGGUGUUCCUAUCAGGAUACACUUGCACAUCACAGAGUCAGCGUGGGGGAAAAAGCUACAACCUUCGAUCUUGGAUUUAUGUUAGACGACGGCGUCCUCACCGAGAAUAGCAAGAUGAUGACCAUUCUAAAACGUACGGGCUACCUGGUCGGAAUUACCCAGCAAGAAUUGUACGCUUUGUUGGAGCAUCAUUGUAAUCCAUCCCAAGGACUUUCAACGCCUCUCAAAACGCAAGUCGUGAUUGGCAUUGAUGUACCGGCAUCUCUUAAAGCAAAGUCUAUACGUACACCUGUCUUUAUGCGCCGCCCUCCCUUCCGUCAUUUCUACAAUAUGCGUUCCGCUCUCCCUUCUAAAGGCGACGAUGAUAAAAGCAAUAAGGAGUCCAAUGAACUGUCUAUUUCAAAAGUGCUUGCUUCGGUAAAAUCUCUGGAAGAAGCAGCUGGCAAGAUAUCCCACUCAUUGAUGGCUAAGCUUAGCAGAGCCCUUGCUAUCCCGGCCGAGAAUUUAGAUUCGAGCAAAGCAAUGCACACAUACGGCGUGGACUCUUUGGUAGCAGUUGAAUUGCGAAAUUGGUUUGUACAAACACUUGAUGCCGACGUAGCAAUCUUUGAGUUAUUGGGGAACGCCACAUUUCAGGACAUUGGGGUAUUGGUCGCCGGAAAAAGUCGUCUUGUUUUGGAGUUAUUGAACAACAGCCAAAAGGGAGAGGAUGAUAAGGCUGCGUGAGUACCCGAAAGGUACGCGCUCGAUAUUCGAGAGCCAUGGCAAUGUGUGUGGGUAUCGUAAUGCAGGAGCGUUGAGUUCAGGUCCCAAAAUGUAGUUAGAAAUUGGUGUAAGAUUUCAAACAUGCAUUUUGUGACCUUGUAAGUGAAUAGAGU